AUGGCGGAGGAACCGUCCACCAAGCAUCAUCAUGGCGAGACGUCCGACAAGAGAAUGCUCAAAGGGGUUGAGCUCCACAGCAAGGAGAUGCUGGAGAUCUUCUGCACCAGCGAACCAGACAAGGUCGACAAGAUGAUGAGCAGGCUCAGGAAGAAGGGUGUCUUCUUGUAUCGGAGCUUCAUCGGAGUUGAUGUGGAGUACACCAGCGAAGAUGAACCUCCCCAGAUUGCAGCAGUCCUGCAGUUGUGCAUCGAGGAACUCUGCUUGGUGUAA